UAUAUUUUAUUUUAUAUUUUUUGUUUUGUUUUGGGGGUAAAGCGUCAACCGACAGAUUAAUAGUCCAGAAGGUGGCGGUAAUGCACCAAUUAUAUGGAUGCCAACCGCCGUUAAAAAAAGAAGAAGAAGAAGCGUCAACACGGAAUGACGCACAUCCUUGGCGCACAGCGCUGCUAACGCUAAGCAAAGCCAACGGCAGGCUGCGCGUGUCGUAGGUCUCGCUGUAUGACGUCUUAUCCGCGGUUAAAUAGUCCUGGACCGCGUAGAAGGCCUCGCUAACAUCGUCGCGUAUCUGUCUGGGAUGUAUGGAUGGAUAGUUGACGGAAUAUCGUCGCUGUUUGAGCCCGUUACGGGGCCAAAGCCCACCGACUGGCCCGGGAACGGGAACGGUAACGUUGACGACGAGGGACCCGCGCGAGCUGGCGAGCGAGCGCGAGCGCGAGCGCGACUGCAGGAGAACCACAGCAGAGCCGCGAAAAGGAACUACCAGAGUGUUGAUGUUGCAGACGGUGUUUGCCAGAGUGACCAGUUGGAGGUGAAGAGACGGAGGCGAGAUGUAGUCGUCAGCUUUGUGAAGAAGACGGUGGCCGGGGUAGCAAACCUGCUCAGGCUGCGCAACCCGCUGACGACCAGGUGUGACGACCCCAGACAUUAUGAAGACGCGCAGCCUGUUACUCUGAUGGGGAUAGAUGAGCUCCACACCUCUAGGCUGAACAGUACCGAGUGGAGAAUGAGUAAACCAGUAGUCGUUGUGAAUGAGCGGAGUGGGAAGAAUCCCUUUCAGAGCUCCUCGUCUCCUUUAAUGAGGAAAUACAGCGGGGCGGGGCUGUCUGCAGGGCUCCCCGACAGGGGGAAGGACCGGGAGAGGAGAGGCUCCCUGCAGCUGCUGCCCUCCAGACCUGCUGUGAGGGUGGGAACCGCCAACCCCGAUCCAGCCUGUAACGGCGCUGCUCACCACCGCUGCUACAAGCCCAGUCUGACUGUGGAAGAGGCCAUAAAGCAGAACAAUAAGGAGCACUACAGGCGCUUGCUGGAGAUGGUGUCGGAACGGUACAGCAAAAGCCAACCACUACCUUUCAACCAAACGAAACCGCACGAGGAGUUGCUGUCACAGGUUGAUCACAAAACUGCUGCUUCAGGAAAAGCCUUUGAAUCCGUGUCCAGGAAGACGGGAUACACGGCUUCCUCAAAUAUGUUCACGUGGAGAAAUGCAUCUGCACCCAAGGACAGGUGGGGGAGCUUGACCUUCAGUAAAACCUUCAGUGGAGCCCUUGAGGACGCGAAGCCUGUUCGAUGUGCAACGCAGAAACCGGCCGCCGAUUUGGACCUUUCUACAGAAGUAGCGACUCGCCUCAAUCUCGUGGACAGAGAGACUCCUGAUGUCAGUCGCCCGGACGCACACAUGGCAUACGCCUGGCACGGCGACGAGGACACGCCCAGGCUGACCAAGGAGAUGGCGGCGGAGGUGAGCUGCGCUCUGGCGCACAGCGAUCCCAACCGUGUUCUCAGUGCCGCCUUCAAACUACGCAUCACGCAGAGAGACCUGGCCACGGUGCAGGAGGGUGGCUGGAUCAACGAUGAGGUGAUUAACUUCUACCUGUCCCUGGUCAUGGAGCGAUGUUCCAGUGAAGCAGCAGGGUUGAAAAUCUACUCGUUUAGCACCUUCUUCUUCCCGAAGCUGCGAGGCGGGGGCGGCGGGCCGGCUGGAGGAUACCCAGCUGUGAAGCGCUGGACCAAGGCUGUCGACCUUUUCCUCUACGACCUCGUCCUGGUCCCGCUGCACCUGGGCGUCCACUGGGCCAUGGCGGUAAUUGAUUUCAAGUCGAGGACAGUGAUGUCAUAUGACUCGAUGGGACAGAGACACGAUGACGUCUGUAGUCUUUUACUACUCUACCUUAAAGAGGAGCACCGAUCAAAGAGAGGCAGAGAGCUCGACAGCCCCAAGUGGACUGUUGGAAGCUUGCGGGCCACUGAGAUUCCCCAGCAGAGAAAUGGCAGUGACUGCGGCAUUUUUGUCUGUAAAUAUGCUGACUAUAUCGCAAAAGGAAGGCCUCUCACCUUUAAACAGUGCCACAUGCCUCUCUUCAGGAAACUGAUGAUUUGGGAAAUCCUCAAUCAGAAACUGCAAUAGAGGAUCAAAACAAUCUAAAAGAGCAACAGGGACUCUCUCCAUGGAGUAACGUCUGUGUACAGUAACGACACGGGGAAAGAAAAGCGUGGCUGGGCCAAUGAAGUGGACUCAACCGACUGGAAUCUAACUCACUGUUGCAGUUCUGGUCUGGAGAAAUGAUAACACGAGUCUUAAAAAGAACAUAUUGACACUUUGUAAUCUCUGAGUUGUAAUUGGAGACAUUACUGGGAAGGAAGAAUGUGUAUGUAUUGCAAAAGCUUUGGCACUACUGAUUGGCUUUUUUUUUUAGUGACUUUUUUUGACUCUUGGUUCUUCUGUUUGAAGUUCUGCCUGAAGUGCCUUCAGCCCUUUUAACACUGAGCUCAACUUGGAGCACGCUUUUGCAUAUUUGGGCAAAUCGCUUGGUCACAUACAACUCAAAAGCCUGGCUCAUGAUUUGUUGGAUUGGAUUGUUGCAGUGCUAUUUUCCCAACUAACUACUAUGCUAUUUAGUUAUUAAUUUCAAUUUCUGUGAAAUAUACAAUACAAAUCUAAAUGCCUCCUUUCCAGUCCCCUUUUGAGAGAAAUCCUGCAUGGUUGAAUGCCUGUUGUAUAUUUUUGUUGUGAUUAUUGAUGACUUUACUGGAUAAGAAAGGGUUUGGGGAUAUGUUUGUCAUGUUUUUCUCUUUGAGUAGAGCAUUAAAAGUUGUCUUCCCACAUGUAAUUUAA